AUGCCUCGCACCAGCAUUGAAUCCGACGCUGCCAGCAACAUGAGCAUUGACGACGCAACUCAACGCUCCACAAGUGUGUCAAUGGACGACCCAGAUGUCCGUCUUGCCGCCGAGGCUCUCUCUGGUCUUGGAAACCCUGACUUUGCUCCCUCCCCCAAGACUCGUCCAUCAGCCUCCAACCACAGUCCUGCAAGUGUCUCAGCUUCGUCAAACAGAGACCUCGAACCACUGCUGGAUCUUCUGGUCGACGCCCAUCCUUGGGUUGGAAAUACUGUCAACGGUAGUUUGUCUGCUUACAAUGCGACCAAGAACUUCUCGCCCCGUAUCGUCAGAUAUGGAGUCCAUCUCGUCGAGCGUAACGUUGGCUCUCCUGUCGCUAGUACUGUCAGUAACCUCGGUAGACGUACUGGUGUCGAAGGGGGCAUUAGACGAUACCUCGAUAGUCGAAGACCCAGUUCUCCAGCCACGGAUUCUGCCCACGGAAGCAAACGUCGACGAGUAGCCUCGGACAACAUGGACCUUGACCGUGUAGACCCGACCCUUCAGGACUCACAGGAAUAUUUACCUGCGUAUCAAGCCAACAAACCGCCUUCGUAUAGGGAGGAGGUCAGCCCCCACGGAUCAGAGAGAAGUCGAGCUGUCGAAAGACCUCCUAACAAUCGAAGCUGGUCAACCAAGAUCUUCAUCUCGACCUCUGCUCUCGGUGUUGCACUCAGCGAUUCAUCCUUGCGAAGCCUUCAGUACUGCGUCAAGCUUCUCUCCGGAGCUACUGAGCAUGUUGAGAGCGUCAUGAAUGCGCUCAAGAUUGUUCUACACGAGUACGACCAAUCGCACGAGACAUCACAACAAGAGCGAGCCAGACAAGAGAAGGAAAGAGAGGCCGGUAUCGUCAUUGAGAUCAGAAGCGGCAACGAGCAUGACCAAUCGACAGAAAUGCUCGCGAGACGCAUCAAAUCGCUUUGUGAUGACAUCUGGCACACCAUCCAGACCGUGGUCAACUCCGUUUCGACAUACGCCGGAGGUGCCCUCCCCGAAAACGCCCGCAACAUCGUAAAGGGGCAGUUGUUGUCCAUCCCUCAAAGAUGGCGCCAUGCUACACAGUCAGCUGAAGCAGCUUCUCCGUCUCAAUCGGCCACUAAAGCCGACGGCGGCGAAGACGGUAAAGCAGUUGAGGGUGCAGACGAGAACACUCGUAAAGCAGCCCACCGCAUGAUUGCCUUUGCAACCGAAGGCAUCGACAUGAUGGCACAAGUCAACAGCGUCGUCGGCAUCACGCUGCAGAGCGCUGAAAGCUGGCUGCAAAGCCUUGGUAGAAACGUCCGCGAGGAAGAGAUGAUGGAUGCCGACGAUCCGAGGGAAGCCACAGCCGAGUAA